AUGGCAAAGAAGAAGAUACCAUUGACGGAACAAGAACAAAAGGAAAGGCAAGCAGUUUACAGACGACGCAACAGAGAAAAACAAAAAGCUCUCGAGGCAGGAGAAGACGUAACUAUUCGCUCGCUUGCCGACUUGUCUCAUAUGAGUCCUGCGCAAAAGAAGGCCUACUUCAAGAGGAAGAACUGUGAGUACCAACAAAAGUGGAGGGAUAAGAAAAGGGCAGAACGAGAAGCCUUAAAGGCGGCAGCAAAACAAGCCAAGUCAGACAACGAGGGCACUGAGGAUAACGAAUCCAUCAUUAGCGAUUUUUGCGAGGACGACAAUUCCGCUUCUGUCGCUUCUAUCGCUUCUGCCGAUGGCAAAGUCACUUCCAGCCCAUCUGCUGGACGCAGCCGCUACCCAAGAGAAGCCAAGCGCAAGAGUCCCAUUGCCGAAGUCAUUACUCUGGACAGCGAUGGCUCGUCUAGUAGUACCGAAAGCAAGAAAGGCGCUUGGAAAGUGGAAGGAGAAGAAUCGCUCCCAAUCGAGCAAGGAAUAGCAGCAAAGAAGCAGCAACGAACUCCUGUUCCAGUCAAGAAGGAGCAACAAAGUUCAGUCAAGAAGGAACAAAGUGCAGAAGACACAUCCAACAGUCGUGGAGAAAAGAGAGACAGCAGCCAUGCCCUCGAUUUUACCGAUGGAAAAGACCUCCCCGCUUGCAAAAAGCGAGCAAGUUCCAAUCAACCUUCUGGAGUGAAACUCAGCCCAGAAGGUGCAAAGCUCGAGCAAGAAAAUGAGCAGUUGCAAGAUGAGGUCAAGCAAUUGAAAGCUCUAAACGGACGAUUGCAAGCUCGAGUCAACGAGUUGGAAGGCAAAGGAGAUUCUUUGGAAGAGGCUGGACCGACACUCUGCCAAGAUUGUGCCCAUGUCAAUCGCCAGAACGCAGAAUUGCACGGUUGGAUCAAUGACCUCGAGACUCGUCAAGCUCCAAUCCAACACCUGGAAGCCGAAAUCGAUGUCUUGAAAGAUCAAAUGCGAACCAUUCAUGCAAUGUCGGGGUCUACUCUCAUUGGAGAAGAGAAUUCGAUUUAG